AUGUCGCGCCCACCCGAGCUCGAUCGCAACCAGGAUGCAACGUGCUACAUCGGCAACAUCGACGAUCGCGCCACCGACGCCAUCGUUUGGGAGCUCAUGAUCCAAGCUGGGCCCCUGGUCAACCUCCACCUCCCCAAGGACCGCAUCACCCAGACACAUCAGGGGUACGCCUUCGCCGAAUUUCAGACCGAGCAAGAUGCUGACUAUGCGUGUAAAGUCAUGAACGGCCUCAAGCUCUACGGCAAACCUAUCCGCGUCAACAAGGCCUCCAACGAUCGCAAACAGAUCGACAUUGGCGCCAACCUCUUUGUCGGCAGUCUCGAUGCGGCCGUCGACGAGCGUCUGCUGUACGAGACCUUUUCCGUUUUUGGCGGUAUUCUUGGCUUGCCCAAAGUGGCGAGAGAUCCCGCAACUGGGGAACCCAAAGGAUUUGCCUUUGUGUCUCUCGACAGCUUCGAAGCUGCGGAUGCCGCCAUCGAGGCGCUCAACGGCCAGUUUUUGCUCAACAAGAACAUCACCGUCGACUAUGCCAUCAAGAAGGACAGCAAGAAUGGCGAGAGGCACGGCACUGCUGCAGAGAGGCUACUCGCUGCGCAGGCUCGAAAGAACAACGCGCUUCCCACACAGCCGUACCCGCAGCAACCUGGUCCCCCACCGCGUCCCAUGGCCGGCGCCAUCCCCGCCAAUGGCAAUCCUCAAGCAGCUGGUUGGAACGCAUACGCUCAGCAACCACAGCACCCUGCACCCGCUAGCUACCCCCAAGGCGCUGCACCACCGCAACCAACACCCGCAGCAUACCCACCGAAUCCGCCACCUAUUCACAUGAACCCCGGCGCUCCUCCCUCGUACCCUCAAUACCAACAAUAG